AUGAAUGGUACAGGAGCCGAUGAGGUGGAAUUGCAUCAGUUGGCCAAGGAGAUAAUUAUGUAUGGUGACGAUGAAGCAAAAGUGCAGAGAUUGUAUGACGAAUUUUUGGAGAACAAAUCUGAUGAAUAUAAAGAUGCUUUUAUGAAGAAUUUUCUACACGAAAAAAGGCUCAAUUACGUUAAGGAGCGAGUUGGGAAACUUCUAGGAUAUUAUCUUACGAAGGAACAAAUAAGAAAAGUACGCCUAGUCUUGGAACAAGAAGCCGAGAAAGGAUCUUCCCAAGAAGAUGUUAUAGCUGCAGUGAAAAAAGAGGUUGCUAAGGAAAUCGGUGAAAGGAAAGCAGAAAAAGCUGUCAAUCGAGUAAUCAAAGAUCUGAGAAUAUUGGGAAAACGAUAUGUUGGUUGGAUCGAAAAAGCUGAAAAACUAUUUUACUCGAUGGUCAAGCACGACGAGCACUAA